AUGUCAAACCAGGACUCUGGGCCUCUGAAGCCGGCUCAAUUGCCCAGCCAAGACUUCAGCCAGAGAGACUGGCAUGUGCAUGAUACCUGGUGCAGCCCGCAUGACAGCUCUGUUCUGGAGGUUGACGCUGUAGAAUCUGGGGCUCCUGGAGCACACAGAAACAUUGAACCUCUCCAUAUUUCUCGCAUCAAAUACAAACUAAUAGGUCAAAGAGCACUUACAAGAUGGAAGAACAUCCUAUCCGCCGCACUUGAAGAUGCUGUUGCUCGUAGUGCUGUCUCUGAACCUGGUGCUCAGCAGUUUGCUGAACUUCUUAUGGACAGGCUCAGUAGACUUUCAACAGCAUCUACAUCUACUGGAGCAGCUAAUGGGACUAUUGGGGAGUCGAGCCAGAACAUGAUGAGCAGUGUCAUCUUCACUGCUAUAUUUAAUGCCGUGACAGAGCCACUGGGCCAAGCUGAUGAGUGGAUCCAAGCUGCGGAGGAGUGUGAGUACUUGGAUAUGCCAGAGCUAUCGUCUGACUUGGAGGGACUGGAUUCAGAUGAGGAUGAAAUUGUCGAGCUGUAG